CUGGCGGGGCAAGAACAUGGCGCGCCUCAUCAAGGACCAGAAGCGCAAGCUUUUCCACACGUCCGUUUACGACUCCGAGGUCGCGCUAAAGAAGCUCUACAUCCAGACGAUCAAGCGGCUACCCGCCUACGCCUGCCCCCUGCACCACGUCAAGGAACUGCUCGCUACCAAGACGAAGAAGAAGGCGUCACGACUGCUGGGCAUCGGGCUCUCGAGCGUCGUGCUGCUCGACACCAAGACCAAGAUUUUGGCCAAGAGUCAAUCCACGCACGACUUGCUUCAGUGGCGUACGGGGGGCGGAAGGUCCCACGACCGGCUAGUGCUGGAGUUCAGAGGCACGAAGUGGACGUUCAGCGUCGGGUCACCGGCGAGCCUCACGGAGCUGGGGCGGGCCCUCUGGGGCACCCUGCAGACCGACGACGUCCUGGGCCUCAGCGGCCACAGCAACGGCCUCAUCAUCACAGCGCCUGGGCCAGCGGUCGCGGCUCGGGCCUCUUCAGGUAUUGCGAGUAAUGGAGGAUGGCGGGACCGCGUGUCGGAGUACCAGGGCCGCGUGUCGGAGUACCAGGACCGCGUGUCGGAGUACCAGGACCGCGUGUCGGAGUACCAGGACCGCGUGUCGGAGUACCAGGGCCGCGUGUCGGAGUACCAGGGCCGCGUGUCGGAGUACCAGGGCCGCGUGUCGGAGAAUGGAAGCGACGGGGUUGGGGGUGACGUGGGUGGGGGGGCGGGGGGCGACGAGGAGGUGCCAGGGGUACGACAUCUCAUCAAGCGCUUCAAUGAGGUGUCCUCGUGGAUCACGCACGUGAUCGUAUCUCUUACAACACGUGUGUUGCAGGUGUCCUCGUGGAUCACGCACGUGAUCGUAUCUCUUACAACACGUGUGUUGCAGGUGUCCUCGUGGAUCACGCACGUGAUCGUAUCUCUUACAACACGUGUGUUGCAGGUGUCCUCGUGGAUCACGCACGUGAUCGUAUCUCUUACAACACGUGUGUUGCAGGUGUCCUCGUGGAUCACGCACGUGAUCGUAUCUCUUACAACACGUGUGUUGCAGGUGUCCUCGUGGAUCACGCACGUGAUCGUAUCUCUUACAACACGUGUGUUGCAGGUGUCCUCGUGGAUCACGCACGUGAUCGUAUCUCUUACAACACGUGUGUUGCAGGUGUCCUCGUGGAUCACGCACGUGAUCGUAUCUCUUACAACACGUGUGUUGCAGGUGUCCUCGUGGAUCACGCACGUGAUCGUAUCUCUUACAACACGUGUGUUGCAGGUGUCCUCGUGGAUCACGCACGUGAUCGUAUCUCUUACAACACGUGUGUUGCAGGUGUCCUCGUGGAUCACGCACGUGAUCGUAUCUCUUANUCUAAUUCCCCAAUUUCCACCCAGGUCGGACAAGCUGAAGCCGUUCUGGUUGAGUCUGGAGAACGAGCAUCUGCCGACGCUGGACUUCCUGACGGUGGCGCUGCUGGGUCUGGACCCCAAGUCGUCCUCUCCUGGGCCUCACUACCUCGCUGCCCUCGACCGGGCCUUGAAGAUGCCCCAGUGCCCCGUGGUGCCCUUCUUUGGGGCCUUCCUGCAGCAGCUGAAUAAGAUCCUCAGGAGCAGUCCUUCCCUGGUGGUCCUUGCUCAAGAUGGCCACCAACUGCAGUUUAUCUCGGACUACUGCGGUGAAGACAGCUUCUUCACGCGCGUUGGUCCCGGCGGUCUGAUCAACAUGACGAAGUUGUACGAAGCUCAGCAGGUUGUCGACCAGAUCGCUACCUUCCACAACCACUACCUCGCUCGAGCCAAGCUCCUCAACAACAACGUCAACAACUAUGCCAACAACAACACUAGUACUUUCCCACCAGGCGUGGGUGGAUCCACAUGGUUUCAUGGUUUCCAGAGUGGAUCUGUCAACCAUUCCACCUACCAAACGUGGGUAGUUACUUCUUCAGGGGACCACUGCAUCACGCUGCCCCGUAACCCUCCUCCUGCCCACCCUAACUGUGCCCACCGCAGAACUGGCGGCCACGUCUACUGGGCAGGACUAUACACGCCCUGUACGGCACAGCAGCACAGCAUGGCACAGCAGCAGCACAGUGUGCCGCAUGUCUUCACCAGCCCUGCGUGUGACGGCCUUACGUCAACAAACGUGCUGGACGAAGCGUCGGGAUGGCGCGCGGGGCUGGGGUGUGGGGGUGACGAGGAGGCUCCCCAGGAGGACUGGUGUGGGGAUGAACUCGAGUCAUACCAGCCCGUGCAACCCCUGAGCAACGACCACGGGGUUACACUCCUCCCUCUGGCGCGGAGCAACCCUGCCUUCAACAUGCACACUCUGCAGGUCAGCGUGCACACUCUGCAGGUCAGCGUGCACACUCUGCAGGUCAGCGUGCACACUCUGCAGGUCAGCGUGCACACUCUGCAGGUCAGCGUGCACACUCUGCAGGUCAGCGUGCACACUCUGCAGGUCAGCAUGCACACUCUGCAGGUCAGCAUGCACACUCUGCAGGUCAGCAUGCACACUCUGCAGGUCAGCGUGCACACUCUGCAGUACGCCAUGUCCCACCAUGUCCCCAGAACGCCAUGUCCCACCAUGUCUCGCCAUGUCCCCAGUACGCCAUGUCCCACCAUGUCCCGCCAUGUCCCCAGUUCGCCAUGUCCCCAGUACGCCAUGUCCCACCAUGUCCCGCCGUGUCCCCAGUACGCCAUGUCCCCGGACCUGACGGGCGGGACGCUGGACGAAGGCUUCCUGCAGGUCUCUUGCAUCAAGGACGUGCAGCUCGGCUACAGGGACGGCAACGUCGCCCACCUCGCCCGCAGUCAGGGCGACUAUGACCGACCCUCAACGACGUCGCCAGUGUCAGGAAAUCGUCGCACGACUCUCACCCCCACGACAGUCGUGAACAACAACAACAACAGCCAUCACUUCUCCACCACGACUUUAUCCUCCUCCUCCUCAGCCAGCACUAUCCUCCACCAGCCUUCCCCUCCUCCAGCCAGACGGCGUCCAGCUGACCAGGACCAGCUGUCUCCUGGACACCGGUCACCUGCUGGAGGGCCUCCAUACGGGGGCAAAGACGCCCCCCUGCCGAGCCUUGCUAAAGGCUUUGACCAGCAACAUCCCAGCGUCUUGUCUGGGCUGCCUUCGCCCAGGCACAGUCGUGCCCAGCAGCAAACCUUCAGAGAGAGGAGCGUAUCUGGAGGCCCUUUGGAGUUCGGCACUCAGGGCGUGAGAGGAGAGCCUUUAGCCCAGGCAGCGGAGUUGGACUUCUCAGACUUCGUUGCUCUCUACAAGUCAUUUAGUCUACGAGCACGCAAGGACUUACGCGACAUCUUCAAAAUGUUUGCUAUAACACGCAAGAAUUUGUCGGAUAGUUCUUUAGAGGAUCAAACAAGCACUUCAUCUCCACCAACGCCGCCUUACACGAAGCUUGGCUCCUCGAGCUCAGCCCACCACUUGCCGAGCGCAACGCUCCCUAACCGCCAUCAGCAGCUCAAGUCUGUAGGACUCCUAACACGUAACACGUCCCUCGACGUCCUCGUCUUCAGGAACAACUGCCACAAGAAGAAAAUCUUCGACGCCAUUGCGGCGGCGAGCAUCGUAACGAACUGCGCGUGGGGCGGCAGCUCCAAGAGUCAGGUGUUGACGACAGUCGAGCUGCAGAAGUUCCUGGUGGAGCAGCAAGGCGAGCACCUCAACGAAGCUGACCUGGACGAGCUGCUGGAGCGUCAUGAGCCCGACCCUUCCUUGCGUGCCAUGGGCGUGCUCUCUUUUGAAGGCUUCGCGCGCAUGCUCAUGGAUGAAGAUAAUUAUGCAUUUAAAGACUCUCCCAUUGAUGAGGAUGAGAUGUGUUACCCAUUGUCGCACUACUACAUCGCUUCUUCACACAACACCUACCUCACAGGGCACCAGCUCAAGGGGGAGUCUUCCGUCGAGCUCUACAGCCAGGUGCUGCAGACAGGCUGCCGUUGCGUCGAACUUGACUGUUACGAUGGUGAUGACGGCUCACCUAUGAUCUACCACGGUCAUACCUUCACUACAAAGAUACCUUUCAGGAAUGUUGUGGAGGCGAUAGAGCGGAGUGCGUUCAUCACGAGCCCCUACCCUGUGAUACUGUCCCUCGAGAACCAUUGCUCAGUGCAGCAGCAGGCCAAGAUGGCGGCCAUCUUCAACGAAGUCUUCGGUGACAAACUCGUCACGAAGUUCCUAUUCGAAUCUGAUUUCUCUGACGACCCUCAUCUCCCCAGUCCUCAGCAAAUGCUCUACAGGUUCAUCAUCAAGAAUAAGAAGCUGCCAUCGGAGCAGUCCCAGAACCAGCCUGCGACGAGUCGCGUUGUGGUAGAAAAACCUUCCUGGGCUAAUGGCGUCCAGCUGGUAGCCCUGAACUACCAAACUGACGACGUGUUCCUCCACUUGAACUACGCCAUGUUUGAGCAGAACCGCAAUUGCGGGUACGUGCUUAAACCCAGGGUCCUGUGGGACAGGAAUCACAUGAUGUACCGUCGCUUUGACCCUUUCGCGAAGCAGUUUGACGGUCUCCACAUCGUGAGCAUGACACUCACUAUCAUCUCGGGCCAAUACGUGUGCCUUAAUCACUUUCAUGGCAGCCCUAUGAUCGAAGUGGAGGUGUUCGGCAUCCCUGCGGAUAGUGCUAAGUACCGGACUAAAAUAAUAACAAGAAAUUCCUUUAACCCUAUAUGGAAUGAAACUUUCAGCUUCAAAAUAAUGUGCAAAGAUCUGUCGUUCAUUCGAUUUUUGGUGACCGAUACGGCCACAAGUCACACUACUGCACAGAGGAUCAUAUCGGUCAACUGUUUGCGUAAAGGCUACAGGCAUCUUAGGUUGCGCAACAUGCAAAAUCAACCUCUCCCCGUCUCCACAAUCUUCAUCCACACUCAGCUAGAAGAAGAAGAGUACGAAAUCUUCCCUGCUCCAUCGCACGAGGAUGACCUCGAUCCAAUGGAUGAAGAAAUCCAGGACAUGGAGGCAGUUCCCAGUGCCUUGCUGAAACGGAAAAAGUUCUUCAUGAGAAUCUAUCAGGUGACACCUGAUGAACCAGUGACUGUUAUCAGUGUAACACAGGACUGCACGACAAGAGAAGUCAUUCUUCGAACUCUUGGAAAAAUGGACAGACCAGGCAAGCUUGAGGAUUACAUAUUGAUUGAAGAAGUCGCCAGGGGCUGGAAACGAGGAGAUAAAAUGACCACGCAGAGAAUACUUGAUCUUAACGAGAAGCCUCUGCUGGCUCAGUCACAUUGGAGAGGUGAAGGAAAAUUUAUGAUCAAGCGUACCUCGAACGACCCAAGCACCCGAGCCUGGCUCACCACAAUAAUGAGCAACUUUACGAAGCGGGAGUCGGAAGCAAAUUCCGAUGAAGAUACGAAGGGAUGGGAGGAGGAGAACAACUUCUUAGUCUGCAUCCACAACGUGUCCACGCAAAUCCCUUAUACGAUAUUAAAAGCUCCAAUGUCAAGCACUACUCAAGACAUCCUCGCUCAAGCUCUCGUAAAAGCAAGGCGAAUGGAGGACCCAAGCAAUUUUGUUUUGGUGGAGGAGCUCGAGUAUGGCCAUCUUGGCGAUUCUUCGUCUUCGAGCUACAAGUCCAAGUCUCGCGUUGAACGCCGUAUUUUGGAUGAUCACGAAAACAUUUACCAGUUGCAAUCUGGUUGGAAAACGCUUGGCAAACUUGUGCUAAAGGAUAGGAACGCACCACUCGAGACUGAACGCAAUAGAGCGACAGCUGCCGCGGCAGUUCUGAGCAGCACUUUUUCUUCCGCCAUGAGCAAGGUAAGCAGAAGUCGUCACCAAGCUCGGCGCCCAGUCAAGGAAACCUACAGCGAUCCCAGCACGCUGGCAACAUCACGUGAAAAUUUUUCUGACCGUCGGAUCAAGUCUCUACACGACACGUGGCGAGCCGUGGGCCCACAGAAGGGCGCUAUGCCACGCACAAGAGGAGCCCUCGCCGUGCACUCCGAGGGCGAGAUGCUGUCCGACGAGGAGGCACCCGCGUCCGAUUUACGCACAGCUGUUCAGAAGCUCAAAAAAGUUUCUCUUAAAAAAUUCCAAAAGGUUUGGAGAUAAUGGUGUGCGGAAAGUUCAAAAAAUUACACAGUCUAAGACGAGCUCAAUUAUUGAGCUUAGAUUUUAGUUUAAGGUACGACAACCAUUGUGAAAUCGAGUUGUAUGUGCACCAGAUUUUCAGGUCUUGAUAAGUAUUAUUCCUUUCCUGUAGAAGUGAAUAGUAUGAUCUCAAAUGUUUUAGUGACUGUUGAGUAUGACUGUACUGACUUUUACCAUUUUAAUUAAUCAAAGUAUAUUGUUCUGUGUUUAAAAUAGUAUACUAUAUGCAUAUAAACAUGAAACGUAUGAAUAGUCGUGAAAUUUUCUAUCAAAUUUUUAUGGGAAAUGAUUCUUUUAUCAAGAAUUUAUGUUUUUGCCAAAGAAUAUAGAUAUUAGCUGAGAUUUAAGCAUCGUUUGAUGCGUUUAAAAUUAUUCUUAAAUAUGGGUAGGCUUUUUAAUGUGUACAUAGUUUUGUUCGUCCACCGUGCGCAGACGAGAACUUUAAGUAGGACCUGGGUAAUGAGGAUCGAUUUUCUGAGCUAAAUACGGCUAUGUUGCGGCAAAUGCGGUGUAGUAAACACAAUUCGUAUUAGAGGUGACCGAGCUUUGCAACGGAAUAGUCACGACUAAUGCGAAUGAUUCGUAAAAGGUGGACUUGCAUUAGCUAUAGGAGCUUCCUACUCUUGAAGUUGGACCAUGAAUAGCCAAGCAUUUUUGUACUUUUUCGACGAUUGUGGCUUAGAUUGUGCUGCGCAGUGAACUCUCAAAUGGAUUCAUUUCAAUGAAUGCUUUCACUUGGUCAAGGUUUGUGCUACUUAAUAUACGUGUUGUGGGUUCGAAGAGAUGGCGACCAAGCAACUAGCGAAGCGUGCUUCUUACGAUGCUGGCAUCUUUAUAAAACUUGUUUAUUUUGCAUUUGAAUGACUGAGUGCUUUCAGUGUUACUCAUUUUGACGAGUUGAAAGCUAUUCAUGGCAAGUUAAUUUUCAUGAAAAGUAGAACACAACACAAUUUGAAUAGCUGAUGUGAUGCUGUUGAUGUCAUUAGCUCUAUUUUCUCGUGAGAACUUUUCAAAGUUCGGCAUCUCAUCCUCGCUAAGCUCAAUCUGACGUAAGUGCUGCUGUGUCUCAUAGCGAGUUUGCCUCCGUUACUGAACUUCACAGGAAGACAUGGCGUGGCUCACGAAUUUAGGCUGCCAAAAUUUUAAUGGUCGUUCAAAUUCUAUGUACGCAUAAUAGUCAAGGCGUCAAAAAUUAUUGUAAUUUUUACUAAGAACAAAUUAACGUAAAGUCAAUAUCAGUAAUUUAUACUUUGUAAAAUGUGCGCUCUGCCUCUUCAUCGUGGGUUGCCUGCCAUGCUUUUCAGUGCGGUCUCUGGGAACCAAUUGUGUCCACUGUAGUGAGGUUAGCGCUGUCCCAUGCACACACAUUUCCCAAAAAAUAAAUAUCUUCGACUGUUGUACAUAUUAGAACGUGCUAAGUAAACAGGCUCUAUCGGUUUCUAAAACCAUAUAAAAUUUUGUAUACCCUACAAUAGGAGGCUUGGAGAUGUUUUCAUUGCACUCGAUGUUGUAGUUAUAUUCCAUUGGGGUGAUUUGUGUUCUGGCAAAUAGCCACUAAAUUUUAAUCAAACGCACUUCCCUUAUUUUCUGUUCAUUGUUUUAUUGUAACUUUGUUGCUGUUUGCUGUUUCUUAUUGUUGUUAUCGUAAGGAGUCUUCUCUAACUUCUCCAUUCCUAAGUUUGGCAAAACCGACGAGUCUUGUGGCUUUCCGUCUAAAUUGUGUAACAGGUAAUUCAGAAAUGUAGACCUUAAUGAUGAAAAUUAUUUAUAAUGAUGAAAAUUGUUUUCGAGUUCUUCCUUCGGUAAAAAUAUUUUGUUUACAUGUUCACUCGUCAAUAUCAGCGUGAUCGUUUUGUGUGCAAGCGACACGAGUCGGUGGCUGGGCUCCAACUUGACAGAACUGUUAGGGAAAAAUCUUAUUUCUUGCAAUCGAAAAAACGCAAUUGAAUGGUGGAAUUGAAAAGGAUAAACUUAAUUGAAAGUUAUAAAUUAUUCCUUUCCACUUACAAAUUUACUUGAAAAUAUCGCUCGGAAGUUGUGCCCGUGAACCACGCAUUGCUCACUGUUUGUUUUCAACAAAUUUAAAGAAUUAUUUAUAUCAUGGUUACAUAUGUUGCCAGAGAACAGAGUAGUUACUCGGUAAUCUGACAUGAAUGUAUUCGAACGCUUGCCAGAUCCAGGGAACCUAACGUUAUUUCGUAUUGAUAUGCAAAACGCUUCAUAUGGUUUUGUUCUAUAUUUUCAUGUGACUGAUGCAUUUCGUUUUUGUCUAAAAUUAUUUUCGCAAUUGGAUUUUUAAUUAAAAAUUCCCCUUCC